AUGGAUCCUCUUUAUGAACCUAUUUUCUUUGAAAAGAACUCUAAUUCUUCAAAGUUGUCUUCUAAAAAACUGGAUCAUGAAAGCAAUCUUGCUUUAGAUAUGUUAAAACAAGGGUUACCUGAUGAAUUAGCUGAAUCCUUAUAUAUAAACAAAGUUAAAAACAAACCUUUAUUAAUUCAUCCAACAAAUAAGCAUAUAAAUAAUAUACAGGAAAAUGACCCUCGAGAAUCUAGAAGAUUUAAUUAUUUAUCAAAGUUACAUAAUAAAGGUCGUAAAAAAAAACCAAAACCUCUUAGUUCUAGAGAAAAAAGAGCAAUAGGAAUAUAUGAUAUUUCAAAAGAUUCUUGCAAAUACAAUAUUUGGAUCCCUUUAUAUAAUCUUUGGAAAGAAUACAUUAAAGAGAUUAUUGGAUCAGACCAUGUAUUCUCCAUAUCUCAAAAACUUUUAAAAGCAGAUAUGCAUGGUGCUAACAUCAAAGUUGUCCGGUCAAAAUGUCCUUCAAGAGUGGGUAUUGAAGGAAUAUGUAUCAAAGAAACAAAAAAAACGUUUGUUUUAAUUACUAAUAAAAACCAACAAAAAGUUGUACCUAAGGAAAAUUCAGUAUUUAGUAUUCAAGUAGAACAAAUACUUGAUCACACAAAAUCAAAUGCAUCACAGAUUGAAGAAAAUAAACAUAUAAUGGUAUUUGAAAUUAUAGGAUCACAUUUUAUAUGCAGGGCUGCAGAAAGAGUUGGGAAAAAAAUUAAAUCUAAACCAUGUUUAGAAUUAUAA